CGGAAGUUGUUAAGGAAACUUGCUGUAGUGAACAUCCUGUGUAGUAUUAGACCACAGUCAUUUGUUACUCAGACGCUCAGAGAGCAUGACUUACAUUCACACAUCAAGACUACAUUUUGGGCUUUUGUUCUUAAUUCUGACCUUUCUACGAUGCUGCUCAGCAGGUGAUCCGAGUGUACAGUGUAAAAUCAUCAACCUUCAGUAUGUGGAGUGCUUCUGGCACCCAAACACACCAACAAUGAAUUAUACCUUCAGCAGUGCAUUUAAAAACAAUCAAUCUGUCGAAGACUGUCGAGAAUACAUAAUGGAGCACAAUUACACUGAAGGCUGCAGAAUUCCUCUUCGAGACGCUGAUAACAAGUUUGAUCGAUUUUAUACGAAAGUAUCCAGUGACGGAAGCCACAUUGUUUCAAAAACCUUUGAAUCGCUCAAAAGAAAAGUGCAGCUAAACCCUCCCUGUAACCUCUCAGUGAUGUGGAAUGAGCAGGACAGCACACUUUUACUGCAGUGGAACAGUAGUUACCCCGGCAAAACUAAAUGUGUUGUCUAUAUGGUGCGCAACCAGAAAGACACAAGCCAGUCCUCAAACGUGACAGGUACGUCAUACACUCUGUCUCAGGUCUCAAAGAACAAGCACUAUGUUUUCCAAGUGCGGAGCACAGUUGCUGAAGCCUGUGGUGGUUCAGAUUUCUGGAGUAACUGGAGUGUUCCGGUGGAGUGGGGCAGCACAGGGAACAGCAGCAGACAAGACUGGUCGUAUGUUAUUGUUCCAGUCCUUCUGCUGUUUCUCCUGUGUUUCUUGUUGUGUUAUUGUGAGAGGAAAAACAUCUUUCUUCCGGUUGUGCCUGACCCUAGCAAAAACCUACAGGAUUUGUUUCAUAAACAUGAUGGAAAUGUUGAGAGCUGGGUUCACAUCUCCAGAGAGCUGAAGGAAGCUUUUGAGCCUGACUACACAGAGCAGUCCUGUGAUGUGUGUGAGGUUACACCCUCUUGUGACACCGGUCCUGCUUCUCAAACCGACAACUGUGAUGAACCAAACACUGAAAAAAAGCACGCAGAUGAAGCAAGCAAUGAAGGAGAGCAUGCAGAUGAAGCAAGCAAUGAAGGAGAGCAUGCAGAUGAACCAAGCAAAGAAAAACAGCAUGCAUAUGAAUCAAGCAAUGAAGGAGAGCAUGCAGAUGAACCAAACAAAGAAAAAGAGCAUGCAGAAGAACCAAGCAAUGAAGGAGAGCAUGCAGAUGAACCAAACAAAGAAAAAGAGCAUGCAGAAGAACCAAGCAAUGAAGGAGAGCAUGCAGAUGAACCAAGCAAUGAAGGAGAGCAUGCAGGACAGCAGAGUUUAUAAGCCAAAGUGCCACUAACCAUUCACCUGCACUGUCAUCUAAUUCUUACUGAACAUUUAAAUGUUUUCUUUUGCACGUUUAUUUUACCUCAUUCAUUUUUAAUUGUAUGCAGAGUUUAUGUAUAAUAUGGAUGAAAAAAAUAAUUGUUGACAUUUCUAAAUCAAUAUUACAUUGUACCCAAAGGUUUAGGGUUGUUAUGUUGACAAAGGCUGCUUUUAUUUGAACAGAAUACAGUAGAAAAUGGUAAUAUUGUAAAAUACAAUUACAUUUUUCUUUCUGAAUAAAUUAUAAAAUGUAAUGCCAAAGCUGAAUUUUUAUGCAUCAUUGUUUGGCUUAGUAAAGGUGCAUCUCAACAAAUUUAAUAUCAUGGAAAAGGUCUUUAAUGUUUGUCAUUUAAUUUAAAAAAAAUCUUAUAUUCAAGAUUCAUUGUAUACAAACAGAAAUAUUUCAAGAGUUUUUAAAAAAAAAUUUAUUCUGAUCAUUACGACUUACGGCUCAAAAUUUUAAUAUUCCAUUUACAGCUUUAUUAGUUUAAUUUUGAGUAUAAAUACUGGGUACGUCUUUCAAAAUUAUAGGAAAGACUACUGACUUGGCAAUGGUCCAGAAGACAAUCAUCAACACCAUCACCCAAGGAGGUUAAGCCACAGAAGGUAAUUGCUGAAAGGGUUGGCCGUACUAUAUCGAGUGCUGUAUCAAAAUAUAUUCAUAGAAAGUUGACUGUUGGAAAAGGUGCACAAGCAACAGGGAUGACCACAGCCUUGAAAAACUUGACAUCAUGGGUCACCAUGCUCAGAUGUCUUCAGGAAAUGGGCUAUAGUUGUCACAUUCCUAGAACCAAGCCACUCCUGAACCAGAAAAUACCUCAGAAGCAUUUCACCUAAGGAGAGAACUAACUAGACUGUUGCUCAGUGGUCCAGUGCCCCAUUUCAAAUGAAAGUAAAUUUAUCUUUUCAUUCGGAAAUCAAGGUCUGGAUUCUGGAGGAAGACUGGAGAGGCACAGAAUCGAAUGUCCAGUGUGAAGUUUCUUAAGUCAGUGAUUUGGGUUGUCGUGACGUCUGCUGGUGCUGGUCCAUUGUGCUUUAUCAAGUCCAGAGUCAAUGCAGCCAUCUACAAGGAGAUCUGCUGACAAGCUUUAUGGAGAUGCUGAUUUCAUUUUGCGGCAGGAAUUUAGCACCUGCCUACAGUGCCAAAACCACUUCCAUGAUAUUACUGCGCUUGGUUGGCCAGCCAACAUGCCUGACCUGAACCUCACAGAGAAUCUAUGGUGUAUUAUGAAGAGGAAGAUAAGUAACAUCUGACAAACAAUACAGAGGAGCUGAAGGCUGCUAUCAAAGCAAUCUGGGCUUCAAUAAUGCCUCAGCAGUGCCACAGGCUGAUCGCCUUCAUGCCACGCCACUGAAGCAGUAAUAUAUGCAAAAGGAGCCACAACAAAGUAUUGAGUGCAUAAUUAAACCUGCUUUGGAGAUCUUGAACAGUUUUGUUUUGUAAAUCAUCUGAAAUCAAUGAUCUUUAAGAAAAUAUUCACAUUUUUUGAGAUACUGAAUUUUUAAUUUUCCUAAGCUGUAAAU